CCAUCAUCCAUUAGAUCGUUGUGUGCAUAGAUAUGGCUAGUGCGUUAUCGCGGAAGAGACUGGUGGUCAUCACGUUGGUGGUGCUAGUGUUUCUCUUUGUGGUGACCAAACUCUCCACCUCAAAGGGAUCAACCAAGAACUUGCAAGACGUGUUGACGUCAAUUCCUAAUGAGAAUCUUUUACUGAGUGCAUUACUUCUGUCACAAAGUAAAGAGGAUGAGUUUUUACUCAAAUUGGAGAAGAUUCAUAAGAAACUUCUUGCCAAACAAGAUGAAAGAUUGGUAAUGUUGGAGAAACAAAAUGUAUUAUUAGUUAAAGAAUUAAAUAGUCUCAAGAGACCUCCAGCAGAUUCAUCACUUAGAGAUAAAUUAGUCCAUUUAUACCCAUAUGACCGUUCAGUCAAAUUCCCCGCCUAUAUAUGGCAAACUUGGAAACAUGGAUUAAACGAUGAAAGGUUUGAAGAGAAAUUUAGACAGGGAGAAACUGAAUGGGCUUGGAAGAAUCCUGGAUUUGUUCAUGAAUUAUUUAAUGAUGAUACUGCCAAUGCCAUGAUUCAUCAUCUUUAUGUAUCUAUUCCAGAGGUUGUUAGAGCAUAUGAUCUUCUUCCUGAAGUCAUUUUAAAAAUGGAUUUCUUUAGAUAUUUAAUUUUAUUUGCACGUGGUGGGGUUUAUGCAGACAUUGAUACUGUACCAUUACAACCUAUUCCUAAUUGGAUUCCAGAAAAUGUGGCACCAAAGGAAUUGGGGAUGAUUGUUAGUAUCGAUGUAGACUCUACAGCAUCCAAUUGGAAAGAUCUUCAUUGGAGAAGACUUCAAUUUGGACAAUUUAUCCUUCAAACUAAACCUGGUCAUCCAAUAUUAAGAGAAAUUAUUGCACAAAUUACUGAAUAUACUUUACAAAAGAAAGAUUCUCAACAACUUAAACUUGAAGGAUCUCCACAACAGAAAAGUUUAGAACUUCAAAAAUGGACUGGUAGUGGACGUUGGACUGAUGUAAUCUUGACAUAUUUCAAUGAUUAUAUGCAAAGUUCCAUUUAUUCUAAAAUCACUUGGAAAGAAUUCCAUAAACUUGAAAUGCCAAAAUUGGUUAGUGAUGUUUUGGUAUUGCCAGUUUCUUCAUUUGCAAGUGAACUUGCCAUUCCAAAAGAUGGUAAAAUUGAGGAUCCAUUGGCAUUUGCAAAGCAUUAUGCAGGGAAGAUUUGGAAAACUACAUAAAUAAGUAAUAAGGAAGUUGUAUAGAAGAAUAUAUACUUCAGGUUCCUGAAGUUCUAGACAGAAAUUUUGAAAAUGAAAUUAACAAGC